AUGUGGGUUGAGUCCAUCCUGUUCGCUGCCGUGCAAUCGACUGACCAGAUGGUAGUGGCGAUAACUGGAGCCCUGACAACUGCCGCAUCUUUGGGCGAGGUUGCAUCGAUGUACCCAACUGCCGGCGGCCAGUACCAUUUCACAGCAAAGCUUGCCCCAGAGCGGAUUAAGAAUGCUCUUAGCUGGGCCAUCGGAUGGAUAGGUACAUUCGGGUGGAUUGCAUUCGCAGCCAGCGCCCCCUUCCUAUCGGCCACGAUGAUCCAGGGCGUCGUCGCUCUGCACCAUGAAUCAUAUGGGAUGGAACGAUGGCAGGGAACACUCAUCUACUGGGCACUUAUUGGCAUGGGAACCGCCAUCAAUAUCUGGGGGAGUCGUCUUCUGUCGGUCGUGGAGACUAUUUCUCUAGUUGUUCACAUUUGUGCAUUCAUCGCAAUCUUCGCUGCAAUGUGGGCUUGUACACCUGCUAAGCACUCCGCCGACUUUGUCUUUGCAACAUUUCUGAACAGUUCUGGCUGGUCGAGCAGUGGGGUGGCGUGGUCUAUCGGGAUGCUUUCGAGUUGCUAUGUUCUGGCUGGAUACGACGGAGCGAUUCAUCUCGGAGAGGAAAUGAAUAACCCAGCCGUUGCAGUGCCGUACUGCAUGCUGGGAUCGCUCGCCAUCAAUGGCACUAUGGGCUUUGCCUUCCUGCUGGCCCUGCUCUUCUGCAUGGGCGACCUGGAGACGACGCUCGACAGCCCUACCGGAUUCCCAGUUAUUGAGAUAUUUCGCAGUACGACUAAUUCUCGAGGCGCGAGUGCUGCCAUGACGUCUUUCCUUAUUCUUACUGCGUGGUUGGCUACCAUUGCGCUGCUGGCGUCGGCGGCCCGGAUGGUCUGGUCGCUCGCGAGGGACAAGGCCAUUCCUGGCUAUAGAUACCUUGCGAAACUGGACGCAAAGACUCAGCUGCCGACCAGAUCGAUCCUGGCAACCAGCACUGUCCUUGUUAUACUAGGCUUUGUUAAUAUCGGAUCCACGACGGCAUUCAACGCCAUUAUUUCCCUUGCUGUUCUAGGGCUCCAUGUAUCAUACCUGGUACCGGUAGCCCUGAUGCUCUGGCACCGACUUUCAAGUCGAAGAACGUCUCUCGUCUACGGCCCCUGGCGGCUCGGGCGCCUGGGAGUCCCAGUCAACAUUGUCUCGGUGGUGUAUCUUAGUUACACGACUAUGUUCAUGGUGUUCCCGCCGUACCAGCCGGUCACUGCGGAGAACAUGAAUUAUUCGUCUCUGAUUCUCGGGGCAGUGUUGAUUUUCAGCGCGGUGUACUGGGCGUGGAAGGGGAGGAGGGAGUAUACAGGGCCCAACAUUGAGAUGCGACACAGCCAGGAAGCAGUAACUAGUUAG